AUGCUCCACCAGCUCACCACAGACGCCGCCGCUCGUGCCCGCCUCACCGCACAGCUCGAGCGCAAGCUGGCCAAGAAGACCGACUCUAACCGCCGCCUUAAAGCUGCUGCCGAGGAACUGCUUGCCAAGAAGGACCGCUAUCUGGAGCUGGCCCAUGGGGCAGAGGCCAAGUUUCUCAAGCUUCGCAAACGGUACUAUCUGGCAAAGUCGGCGCUCGAGUCAGCUAUCGCAUCAUCGCAGGCGGCCAAGGCAGAGCUGGCUACUGCAACUGCUACUAUUGCCUCGCUCAAGACACAGAACGCCGCCCUCAAGCGCUCGCUCAACGACGCUCUGGCCAAGGUGGCCGAUGCUACAUCGCGUGCCCGCGCCGAUCCAUCGCAGACAGAAGCCACCAUGGCCAAGGCUCUCGAUGACUACGAGUCGCUUGUCAUGUGGCUGCUCAAGGAGCGGAGCCGGCUGUACAAGGCUCUCCCUGAUGGUCCAGACACCCUACCACCGUUGCCGGUCAAGCUUGAGGACAUCACCACUCUUAACCGCGAACUGACCGGAUCGUCCAAGCUUCCUACCUCGGACGACUUGUUGCCUGGCGCCAAGUCAAUGCGCGAGCUUGCUGCCCUGCGCCGUGCCUCCACCGCCACCGACGAUCACCCGCUCAUCGAGCCACCCGUCGCCCUCGACUACGUCAACGACGACUGCGCCCUCUACCUCGUCCCGUCCAAGCCAAGUGCCGCGCCCAUCGUCCGUGUCCUCGCACACGCCUCGUCUCUCAACACCACCGACGUCUUUGUUCUUGUCGACUCUGACGGCUCCGUCUUCCAGUACAACGGCCCUGCUUCGUCCAUCAAGGCACGUGGCCGCGCCCUCGACUUUACCCGCUCCCUGCGCGUCGACGUCACUCUGGUCCCAGUCUCGGACCCAAGUACGCCCGACUACAUCACCUUUAUGCGGACACUGCUGCCCGACGCCAAGCGCGCAUACACUUCCCGUUCGCCGCCACCGUCGAUCCCGAGCCGCGCUCCGGCUUUUGUAGACUGGAAGUCCUUUGUCUACACCCCCGUUGCCUGCUGCGUUGUUGUCUCGUCGUCGUCCGAGCUCGAGCUCACUGCCAUCGAGCUCCCGCUCACCCGGGCUCUCCUCACCCCGUCGGCCGUCAUCCUCAUUGACACCGGCUCCACCGGCCUUGUCUUUGUUUGGAUCGGCUCCGACGUCGCCCCGCUCCUCCGCAAGACAGCGAUCUCUUGCGCAGAGCAUCUGCUCCGCGAGGGGAAUCCGUCCGCGUCGUCCACCGUCGACCGCCCCUCCUGGGCCGCCGUUGUCAAGAUCACGCCUGGCACCGAGCCGUACCUCUUCACCCAGCACUUUGCCGACUGGGAGACUGGGAGCCUCUCGACCCUCCGCCCGCGUGAUCCUGACGCCGCCAAGAUCGCCCGUGGCGAAAAGGCGUCAGACUGUGUCGCCUCGGUAACCCCGCGCUCCAUCAACGUUGCUGCCGACAUGUACAACGCCCGCCCCGCCGCUGCUGAUGCCCUCGGACCAUCCGCGGCCACAACCAAGGCCCAGGCUGUCGCCGCACUUAACCUUGAUCCGGACCAGGUCCCAGGCAUGCUUUCGGUCAUGAUCAUGGAGGACGACGCCUACCCGUUUGCUCUCCCCGAGCCGGCCGCUUCGGACGGCCACUUUUUCGACGCUGACGCCGUCAUCGUCAUUUACUACUACGAGUCGCUGCCCAAAGGCCUUGUUGACGUCGCUCCGGCAGCCAGCCUCUCGGUCGGCAAGGGCUGUGUGGUCUUCUUUUGGAUGGGCAUGUAUGCCCCACGCAAGCUCUGGCUUUCCUUCAAGCACUCGCCCGUCUGGGCCACCCUCUCCGACUCGGGCCUCAAUCCGGUACUCCUGCAGGUUGACCAGGGCGCCGAGCCGCCGGCGCUCCGGUCGCUCUUCCGCGGCUUUAUCACUGUCCACCACGGCCACGCAUCGGCCGCCCUUCCCUUUGCACAUCGCGCCCCGCUUCUUGAAGAGCGGCCCGACCUCCGCUUUGCCACCCCUGCCAUGGACCCGUCUGCCCGACUCUUCCGCCUCUCCGGCUUUAACGAGUACAACGUCGCCGUCCACCAGGUCGCCGCCUCGGCAGCUUCGCUCACCUCAGCAGACACUUUUCUCCUCUACGAUCCGUGCAUGCAGUCCGAGUCGUCUAUCGAGGGCGUGCCUCCUACUCCGGGCCCGGGAACAGGUGGCGCCUUUCUCUGGUCCGGCCGUGGCGCAACAGACGCCGAGCACGCCGUCGCCGUCUCGCUUCUCGACCGCCUCUCCGACCUCUUCAAUCCUACACCCGAUGCAGCCUCCCGCCAACCGUGGUUCGAGCUCAUCGAGGGUUCAGAGGAUCCCGACGGCCUCUCGCUCUUUUGCUCCUACCUCUCGCCCCGACUCGAUCCCGGUGACCUAGACUAUGCCCGCGACGUGGCGUCGUCGACGGACAAGCGCCACCUCCGGCUCUUCGCCUUUUCGCUCGGCAAGGGCUACCUCACCGUCGCGCCCUCAGACAUGGCGCCACCGGCCAUGCUCGACCAAGUCAUCAACACCAUCGACGCCUACCUCGAUGCCUCUCCCUACGACCGGCCGUCGAGCCUUGAGCGGACCAUCCUCUUUGCUACUCCGCUUCCCCCACCUGCGUUCGAGUCCCCGCUUGCAGGCAUCUCGCCUCAAUGGCGUGUCGCUGCCCUCGACGAUGAAACUUUGUUCCACGUCCGGUUCCCGGUCUGGUGGGGCCUCAAGCUGCCGGCCAACGCGCUGGCCUCCUCGUCAAUGCUCUCGCGCUCUGGCUCGCUGCCGCCAAACGCCGCGCCAUCCGCGACGCCACCCGCGCAGGCCGCUGCACCUACUCGGCCACCGGGCCAAGCCCGGACGUCAUCACCGAUACCUAUCCAUGUCUCGACUGCGGCGUAG